GGCACUUCCGCUGUCUGGGCAGAAGCGGUUGCGAUCAUGGCGGAGCGCGGUCAGCAGCCUCCGGCUAAACGGCUCUGCUGCAGACCAGGCUUUAGCUCGUCGUGUAGGCCCGGGCAACGGACGGGCGGAGCCUCAUGUGGGGCCGGCGGCUCUGCCCACGGUUUGUCCGGCAGGACUCAGGACCCGGAGUCUUUGCUGGAUAUCGCGGCCCGGAAGGUGGCGGAGAAGUGGCCCUUCCAGCGGGUAGAGGAACGUUUCGAGAGGAUCCCGGAGCCGGUGCAACGGCGUAUAGUCUACUGGUCCUUCCCCCGGAGUGAGAGGGAGAUAUGCAUGUACUCUUCGUUUAACACGGGCGGGGAAGAUGGAGCCGGGGCCGCCUCCGGAGGGGUGUCCGCCGCAGGAGCCUCCGGGACUGCCGUGGGAGCGGGUGCGGCAGCGGUGGGGGCGGCCUCGGUAGCGUCUACAGCGGGAGUGUCGGCAAGCGGGGAGACUAACGAUGAGAACCGGCUGCCCUUCCGCCGGGGGAUUGCUCUGCUGGAGGGCGGCUGCGUGGACAAUGUCCUGCAAGUGGGUUUUCACUUGAGCGGCACAGUGACGGAGCCGGCGGUACAGUCGGAACCAGGAACAGUUUGCAAUGUAGCAAUCAGUUUUGAUCGUUGCAAGAUUACCUCAGUGACCUGCAGCUGUGGAAACAAAGACAUCUUUUAUUGCGCCCAUGUUGUGGCACUCUCCUUAUACCGCAUCCGCAAGCCUGAUCAGGUCAAACUGCAUCUUCCUAUUUCAGAGACCCUCUUUCAAAUGAACAGAGACCAGCUGCAGAAAUUUGUACAGUAUUUGAUCACAGUUCACCACACAGAGGUUUUGCCAACGGCUCAGAAAUUAGCAGAUGAGAUUUUGUCGCAGAACUCUGAAAUCAAUCAAGUUCAUGGUGCUCCAGAUCCCACAGCCGGUGCUAGCAUAGAUGAUGAAAACUGCUGGCAUUUGGAUGAAGAACAAGUCCAGGAACAGGUCAAGUUGUUCCUCUCCCAAGGUGGUUACCAUGGAUCAGGGAAGCAACUCAAUUUGCUCUUUGCAAAGGUGAGGGAGAUGUUGAAGAUGAGGGACUCCAAUGGAGCUCGCAUGUUAACAUUAAUUACAGAGCAGUUUAUGGCUGAUCCUCGUCUUUCCCUUUGGAGGCAACAAGGCACUGCAAUGACUGACAAGUAUAGGCAGCUCUGGGAUGAACUAGGUGCUUUAUGGAUGUGUAUAGUCCUGAAUCCCCAUUGCAAAGCAGAACAGAAGGCUAUUUGGCUGAAACAGCUAAAAAAAUGGAACAGUGUUGAUGUCUGUCCUUGGGAAGAUGGAAACCAUGGCAAUGAGCUGCCCAACUUAACCAACGCCUUGCCUCAGGGUGGAAAUGCCAAUCAGGAUUCAUCACAUCGGCCUCAUCGGACAGUGUUCACACGAGCAAUAGAGGCGUGUGAUCUCCACUGGCAAGAUAGCCACUUACAGCACAUUAUUAGCAGCGACCUUUACACCAACUACUGUUACCAUGACGACACUGAAAACUCCCUCUUCGAUUCUCGUGGGUGGCCCCUCUGGCAUGAACAUGUUCCAACAGCGUGUGCCAGGGUAGAUGCAUUGCGAUCGCAUGGCUACCCACGGGAAGCCCUCCGACUAGCAAUAGCCAUUGUCAACACGCUAAGAAGGCAGCAGCAAAAACGCAUGGAAAUUUUUAGGUUGCAGAAGAAAGAGCUGGUUCACAAAGGGAUAACAUCAAUAACAAAUCUUGAAGGCUGGGUUGGCCAUCCGUUGGACCCCAUUGGUACUCUGUUCAGUAGCCUUAUGGAAGCCUGUAGAGUGGAUGAUGAGGGUUUCCAUGGGUUCUCAGAUUUUGCAGAUGGCUUUGGGCACUGCAAAUCUCUAGAAUACCAGCACCUGUCCCCCCACAAGUUCUUAGAAGAAGGGGAAUCUUAUUUAACGCUGGCCGUGGAGGUAGCGCUGAUCGGCCUGGGGCAGCAGCGAAUAAUGCCAGAUGGCUUGUAUGCGCAAGAGAAGGUUUGUCGGAAUGAGGAACAGCUUAUUUCUAAGCUGCAAGAAAUUGAAUUGGAUGAUACUCUAGUGAAAAUAUUCCGAAAGCAAGCAGUCUUCCUAUUAGAAGCUGGCCCAUACAGUGGACUGGGCGAAAUCAUUCAUCGAGAGAGUAUUCCAAUGCACACAUUUGCCAAGUAUCUCUUCACAUCCCUCCUACCUCACGAUGCUGAAUUGGCAUACAAAAUUGCACUGAGAGCGAUGAGGUUGCCAGUGUUGGAAUCCACAGCUCCCACUGGAGACAUGUCCCGCCCACACCACAUUGCCUCAGUCGUUCCUAACCGUUAUCCCCGCUGGUUCACCCUGAGUCAUAUUGAGUCACAACAGUGUGAACUGGCUUCUACUAUGCUGACUGCAGCCAAAGGUGAUGUAAGAAGGCUGGAAACAGUGUUAGAAUCUAUCCAGAAGAAUAUUCACUCCUCUUCACACAUAUUUAAGCUUGCACAAGAUGCAUUUAAAAUAGCGACCUUAAUGGAUAGCUUACCUGAUAUAACGCUCCUUAAAGUCUCUCUGGAACUUGGCCUCCAGGUAAUGCGAAUGACGUUAUCAACUUUAAAUUGGCGCCGUCGUGAAAUGGUCAGGUGGUUGGUAACAUGCGCAACGGAAGUAGGGGUGUAUGCUCUGGACAGCAUCAUGCAGAGUUGGUUCACUCUCUUCACUCCAACGGAAGCCACUAGUAUUGUUGCUACGACAGUGAUGUCCAACAGCACCAUUGUCCGCUUGCAUCUGGACUGCCAUCAGCAAGAGAAACUGGCAGGCAGUGCUAGGACGCUUGCACUCCAGUGUGCUAUGAAGGACCCUCAGAACUGUGCCCUGUCAGCACUUACUUUAUGUGAAAAGGAUCACAUAGCUUUCGAGACUGCUUACCAAAUUGUCCUGGAUGCUGCUACAACUGGCAUGAGCUACACACAGCUUUUUACAAUAGCGCGGUACAUGGAGCACCGCGGUUACCCCAUGCGGGCGUACAAACUGGCAACUUUGGCCAUGACUCACCUUAACUUGAGUUACAACCAGGAUACACACCCUGCCAUUAAUGACGUUUUGUGGGCAUGUGCGCUCAGCCACUCCCUUGGGAAAAAUGAGCUAGCAGCAAUUAUACCUCUGGUGGUCACAAGUGUCAAAUGCGCCACAGUACUUUCGGACAUUUUGCGCCGGUGCACUUUGACCACCCCUGGGAUGGUGGGACUUCAUGGACGAAGGAACUCUGGCAAGCUUAUGUCACUGGACAAAUCCCCUUUGAGACAGCUUUUGGAUGCCACAAUUGGGGCCUACAUAAACACGACGCAUUCGCGACUCACGCACAUCAGCCCUCGUCACUACAGCGAAUUCAUAGAGUUUCUAAGCAAGGCCCGAGAGACCUUCCUAAUGGCUCACGACGGACUCAUUCAGUUUACACAAUUUAUUGACAACUUAAAACAAAUCUACAAAGGCAAAAAGAAACUGAUGAUGUUAGUGCGCGAGCGGUUCGGUUGAUGACGACUGCGUGUGAAUUGGGGGGGGCGGGGAGGGGGAGGGACAGUUUGUUUUUACUUGAGCCUGCCUUUGUAUCCUUUUUAACUUAAGAAGAAAAAAAAAUGUCAAAACAGUACAAAAAAAAUGAAAACAGAGCCACACCGGUAUUAUGUGUAUAGUUCUCCUGAGUUUGCAGAUGAAAGUGUCAUGUCGUGAAAGCUUGUGUAUUUUUCUUUUUUGUUUUCCACUUAUCUGUGUGUAUGAGAGAGGUUUUCAAUUUCAGGGCAGAGAGCGGGUGUUUGCCCUGGGGGGGCACCAUUAAGGGGUAAAAAGUGCUAAAGGCAUAGCUGUCUUAUGUCUAUGGGCAGCCUGUGAGACGUCCGCUCUUGAACGACAACUCCUAGUGCUGGGAAUUGUAUCGCAACAGCUGGAGGCUCACAGGUAGGAUGUACCUAUACCUGCCUUGUCACUUUCCUUUUUACCCCUCAGUGGGGUGUCAGCCCUUCAACAUCACCCAGGGCCUCCCCUCUCUUCUUACUCCGGCCCUGCUAAGUUUGGUUUACACUGAGUAUAUGUUGUCAAGUGGCAGAAGCCCACAUAGCUCUACCGUUCCUCUUGUAUUCGUUCAUAGCCUCAAAAAUACAAUGGCUUUAAAAUAUUUACAAAAAAAAAAAAAAAUCCUUUGGGAAGAAAAACCAAACUCCAUAAAAAAAAAAAUUAAAAAAAAAAACCACAAAAAGCAAAACUGCUCCAUCCUGUGACAAGUACCUCGAAUGGAUCCAGCUUUACUCCUCUGUUUCUCAUCCUAACAUUUCAACGUAUUUAAACCCGGCAGAACCCCCGCCAGUAGUAACAAGGCUUCUAUGUGGCUUUGCAGUGCUGUUCACCCAGAAGCAUGGCACACCUCGCUUGUGCAUGUGGAAACUUAGCGACUGUCAACAUACAUUCUCAGGGAUUAUCAAGGAAAAAAAGAAAAAAAAAAAAAAAGAAUGAGAGCAUUUAUUGUACUGUAUAUAUAUAUUAUAGUAUAUGUCUGAAUAUUGAAAACAAAGUAUAACGUUAAUUUAUAAGAAAAAAAAAUAUUCUAUGUAAUGCAAAAUACUUGAAGCUGCAGUAGCUUGGUUUCAAAUCAUAAAACCGAAAAAAAUCCAAUCACAAAAGGAAAACAUAUCGAACAGUGAGACAUGCGCUUUGCUUGGAUAUCGGCUCAGGUGGUGAGCUUAAGUGCUGGGCAUCUAUGCAGAGCCACCUAACUAGACUGCAUGCCGCCAGCUGCGAGCGUCCGUUGGUUUUAUUUCUUUCCCUACUAACCCCCUCCCGGAUUUAGGAAUCUUUUAUUUUUAUUUUACGCAAAUGCGCACGGUUUAAAGGACAUUCGUACGUAGAUAGAGCAGCAAGCCUUAGCAUUCAAAAUCCGCCACAGUAGGGGUUUUAUCUCCCAGAAUACAUCAUGAAACAUCAACUGCAACAAUAAACAAAAAAACAGCAUCCGAACCAAUUGAAUUCAUGAAAUCCGCCUUGGCAGUGAGCUAACAAUAAGCUAACCUUUGUGCACAAUUAACAUAUAUUAUAUAUAUAUAUAUAUUUCUGCAUAGGUAUUUUGACUUUGUGCAGGGCAGAAAGUUGUGUAGGGAUGACUGUUCCACUCCUUUUCCUUUUAUUUCUUCCUGUAGGUUUAAUCAAAACACACAAAAAAAGAUAAAAUAAACAGCCUUCUAUCUUGCCUUGUCUUAAUGCUUUAAAAUAACCAAACUGGAGAUCUAACUACCAAACUGUUCAUUCUAGAAUGGAAAAAAUACCAAUUUCUUGGUAACUAUUGUGUCUCUUAAUUUUUAGCUGAAUGGUUCUGUAUCCUUGUACUUUUUCAAAGCCCUUUAUGUUUUGGUGCAAAACUUGUCUAGUGUCUCCUGUCCCCCCCUCUUCCUUCCUUUCAUUAGAGAACAUGCUCUAGGUAUGUUUGUAAGUAUUUUUGUUUAGAGAAAGAAACUAUCAUGCUCUUCAUUUUAUUUAUUAUACUAGGUAAAAAGGUUGUACUUCAUCACCCCCAUGUAAACAUGCUCAUGAAGUUGAAAGUAAUUAAGAUUUGAUACACUGAUAUCAAUUUAUUUAUGUAACUAAAUCACUGUUUUAUAAACUUGUUAAUGAUCAACAAUUUUUUUUUGUUUUGUUUUGAUUAAAAUUAGUUUUUUGAAAGCUGA